GCGGACACUUCAAUCAGCUGUUCUUGUCAGCACUAAAAUUUUUGUUGGGCGUUUCACCCACUUAUGUUGAUAAAAACGGCGUUAAACACGUAUUACAUCCGGUUUUAAGAAACAAGAACAUAGCACAGCUAUAAAAUGCUUGUUCUAGUACUUGGCGAUUUGCAUAUACCACACCGCUGCAGCAGUCUGCCGGCAAAGUUCAAAAAGUUGCUGGUGCCCGGUCGGAUACAUCACAUACUGGCCACUGGAAAUAUCUGCACAAAGGAAUCAUAUGAUUAUCUCAAGUCAUUGGCCAACGAUGUGCACAUAGUGCGUGGUGAUUUCGAUGAGAAUCUCAGCUAUCCGGAACAGAAGGUUGUGACGGUGGGUCAAUUUCGUAUUGGCCUGUGUCACGGUCAUCAGGUUGUCCCUCGAGGUGAUCCCGAAGCAUUAGCCUUAAUCCAGCGCCAACUAGAUGUGGAUAUACUAAUAACGGGGCAUACGUACAAGUUCGAGGCCUACGAGCAUGGUAAUAAAUUCUACAUCAAUCCUGGCUCAGCGACAGGCGCCUUCAAUCCGCUGGACCAAAAUGUGGUGCCCUCCUUUGUGCUAAUGGACAUACAGAGCACCACGGUGGUGACCUAUGUCUAUCAACUGAUCGGCGAUGAGGUCAAGGUGGAGCGCAUUGAGUAUAAGAAGAUAUAACCAAGUAUUAGCAGCAAUUCAUUCCGCACGCACUGAAAUAUCCGAUCUGUCUUUGAUCUUGGCUUAAACUAUGUGAAAAUCUGAAUAUAUGAAUAUAUAUAUUUAACGAGAAAAUUGUAUAAAUUAAACCACGCUUCUUUCAUUUUUUUAUUUAAUAAAAAAUGUUUAAAUUUUAUUUAAAUAGAAUAUAAAAGGGUUCUUUUUUGUUUUGCUCGAUUUUCACUGUUGACUCUGGUGUCUCGCUUACAUGUUCAAUGUGCAAAAUAUUAUGAAGUUUACAAUCGAAUGAAAAGUCUGCUUAAAAAUGUUGAAAAAGUUUCGUGCAUUAUUCUCAUUACAAUUGUAGUUAAUAUCUAGAUACAGAUUGGAUUAUCAUUCGGUUAACGUCGCAUUGCUUUCUUGCAUUAUAAAAUAAAUAUGUAAAUUUAUUAUUAUUUUUUAUGAUCUCUUUUCAUUUUGUUGUGAAUACUUUUUGUUUUCGCCCCAUUUUUUACGAUAGCAGCAUAAUUUGGCAACUAUUUUCUAAAUUUUCGUACGUUACAAAAAAUAAAUGAUAAAUACACAAACACGAAAA